UAGGCAGCGGGUGGCAGCGUAGCCAAACAGUCCAAAACUCUCCAACAAAACCCUAGUAGGAAAGAAAGGGCAGGGCAGCACAUACAUAUAUAUAGAAGCAAUCCUCGCUCAAGGUAACGAGGCAUAGACAAACGGAGGAGCAGGGCGGAGCCAAUCCAGAAUGUCGAAGCGAGGAAGGGGAGGUAGUGCGGGGAACAAGUUCAGGAUGUCGCUCGGUUUACCAGUGGCGGCAACGGUGAACUGUGCGGACAACACGGGAGCCAAGAACCUCUACAUCAUUUCAGUGAAAGGAAUCAAAGGGCGUCUCAACAGGCUACCAUCGGCUUGCGUCGGCGACAUGGUCAUGGCCACCGUCAAGAAAGGAAAGCCCGAUUUGAGGAAGAAGGUGUUGCCGGCUGUCAUCGUCCGACAACGCAAACCUUGGCGUAGAAAGGACGGCGUCUACAUGUACUUCGAAGAUAAUGCUGGUGUCAUUGUCAACCCCAAGGGAGAAAUGAAAGGAUCUGCUAUCACUGGUCCCAUUGGAAAGGAGUGUGCCGAUCUGUGGCCUAGAAUUGCAAGUGCUGCCAAUGCUAUUGUCUGAAAGAGUUAAUGGUUUUGUUUGUGAUUGUAGUUUUAAUGUUAUCUUUCUAUUAUUUUCCUUAUAACAUGUUUUGAGAGACUUUGAUCAAACAAUAGUAAGAUUUGCAACCUAUUUUCGUAUA